AUACUUUGGUGCAUCAUGUGCUAAUCCCUGUGGAAAUUGGUGCAUCUAUAGUACAUGUGAUUGGAACACAGGUCAGUGUCAGUGUAAAGACGGGUUCUUUACAGUGUAUUGUAAUCAUGCUUGUGCAGCUAAGUGUCAGGAUGUGUGUGAUAAAACAAGUGGCGUGUGCCGGUGUCCACCCAGAUUCUAUGGACUAUAUUGUAACAAUCCUUGUUUGAGUCGGUGUGCUCAAUGUACCACCCAUACGUCCUACUCUGUGUGUCCAGUUGGAUUUUAUGGAGCAACCUGCAUUGCAUACUGUAAUACAAUCUGCAGCGAUGGAUCAUGUGACAUACAUACGGGUAAGUGUGAAAAAACAUGCCCUGUCAAGUGUGAAAAUUGUGUAGAUGAAAGCAAAUGCACGAGUUGUGUACGCGGAUAUUAUGGAACACAAUGUGGACAGACGUGUCACGUUAAUUGUCAACAAGGUUGUUACCUGAACACAGGAGAAUGCCACGAUUGUGACAAUGGAUUGGUAUGGUGGGUACUGUAACAAAAGUUGUUCAAACAAAUGUAGAAAUGGGUGUGAUAGGUUGUCAGGAAAAUGUAAAGAAUGUCAUUCUGGCUAUUAUGGUGAAAUCUGUAACGUUACCUGUCCGCUAUGUGAUGGUGAAUGUGUCAAAGAAAACGGUUCGUGCAAUGCAUGUUACCCAGGGCGUUAUAUACUUUAUUGUAAACACACCUGUCCUGCGUAUUGCCUAGAUAAUAUGUGUAAUAAAACAAAUGGUCAUUGUUACGGCUGUAUGCUGGAUUACACUGGUGUACUAUGUAAUGAAACCAUAUGUCCUGCUAACUGUUUAAGUUGUUUCGGUUUUAAAUGCACUGCUUGCAAGAGCGGUUAUCAUGGUGAUCUAUGUGAAUUAACAUGUAGCACAAACUGUUCUUCAGACGGUUGCGACAUUGUAAAAGGUACUUGCUUAGCAUGCAACAAUAUAGGUUUGUAUGGUCCCACGUGUAAUGAAACAUGUAGCGCCACGUGUCUCAGUAACGUAUGUGAUCCCGUUACUGGUGUGUGUUCACAUGGAUGUGUAGGAAAUCAUUUCGGUAUUAAAUGCCAGAAUGCUUGUUCAAACCACUGUGCACAAACAGGAGAAUGUUCGAGCAAUGGAACAUGUACUGGCGGAUGUGUGAAGAAUUAUUUCGGCUCCAAAUGCGAUGGAACGUGUUCUACUAACUGUUUCAAUGGUUCCGAUGACAGCGCAUGUUCAAAUAAUGGUGAAUGUCUCAUUGGUUGUGUUAAAGAUUACUACGGCAAGACAUGUGAAAAUCAGUGUCCAAACAAGUGUGCACUAGUUUCAACAAACAAUAGCUGCUACGACAAUGGCACGUGUGUUAGAGGCUGCAUUAACGGAUACCACGGAGAUAAGUGUGAGAUAUCAACAACGCUUGAGGACAAAGCGGCCGAUAAAGGAACCUCUCUUGAGAACAAGGAUGGACCACCUGUACCAGUCAUCGCAGGCUUAGUAGGCGGAGUGGUGGUGGUUCUGAUUGUAAUAGGUGUGGUCAUAAUGGUCGUGAUCAAGAAAAAGAGAAGACAACCCGCAGAUUCGAAUGAAUAUUUUAAUAUGCCGGCGUUCGGAAGUGGUAAACACAACACGAAUUCCAACAAACCACAAACAGAUGCCGAGUCAAACUACACAUCUUUGGGUGACAACCAGGAAGAAAACCAUAUUGUCCACGAAAGUAUGCACCAGUUUCAACAGGGAGUAGAUGUUCUGACAAUGACACGUGUGUUGGAGGCUGCAAUGAUGGAUACAGUGGAUAUAAAUGUGCACGAGGAGAACGUUUAUUAUAUUGGUCUGCAGGACAUUCAGCAGCGAAAGAUCGUGGUGGAUAAACUCGCCGAAUUCGUGGCGUCCAAACCUUUCGAAUACUUCCAGGAGGAAUGUGAUGGUUUGACCUCUCGCACACUUCAUCACCUGCACUUCACGUCUUGGCCUGACAAGGGGAUCCCGGAGGAUGUGACAGCGCUGAUAGAAUUUAGACAGAGGGCACUGCGAGUUCAGACCACACUGGACGGACCCACACUCGUAUGUACAGACCUGAUAGAGUUCAGACAGAGGGCACUGCGAGUUCAGACCAAACAGGACAGACCCACUCUCGUGCACUGUAUGUACAACAAUGAAAGAGUUCAGACAGAGGGUCCUGUGAGUUCAGACAAAACUGGACGGACCCACGCUCGUGCACUGCAGGUGUGUACAACACUGGUAGAGUUCAGACAGAGAGCACUGCGAGUUCAGACCAAACUGGACGGACCUACACUUGUGCGCUGCAGUUCAGACAGACGGUCCUGCGAGUUCAGACCACACUGGCUGGAUCCACCCUCGUGCACUGCAGGUAUGAGCAACACUGGUAGAGUUCAGACAGAGGGUCCUGUAUGUACAACACUGGUAGAGUUCAGACAGAGGGUCCUACGAGUUCAGACCAAACUGGACGGACCCACUCUCGUGCAUUGCAGUGCCGGUAUCGGACGCACGGGGACAUACAUCGCCCUGGACAUUCUGAUACACGAGGGUGAGGCGGAGGGAGCCGUGGAGAUACAAGGAUGUGUGCUGAACAUGAGGAGGAACAGGAUCAACAUGAUCCAGACAGUGGAGCAAUACUAGUUCCUACACAGGGCCCUUGUUCACGUCUUGACCUUUGAACCUUUGACUGCGCGCCAGUGGCCGCUAACCAGUUCGAAAACUAUGCCUCAAAGACAGGACAACAGCAAAGAGAAAAGCAGUUCAAUCUACUGAUGUCCAUUUCUCAACAUGUGGUUCCUGAGGAACGGAUCGAUAUAGCAAUAAAUGAAAGUUUAAAGAACAAAAAUCUGCGUG